AUGAAGUUCCUCACACUCAUCACAGCAUCGGUUGCUCUGCUCGUGCAACAGGCUACCUCAUUAACCCUCGACGAGACUUCGGUUGAAAGUAUAUAUGGAGCCCAAGCACUGGUAGCCCAGGGUCUGAUGGAUUAUUACAACGGUAACCAGACCGGUCAGACCCCCGGUAUGUUCUCAAAUCCAUAUUAUUGGUGGGAAGCCGGUGUGGCCUGGGGUACUAUGUUGGACUACUGGUACUACACCCAGAACGACACUUACGUCGACAUUAUUAAGUCCAGUAUGCUCUUCCAAACUGGUAAGGACUGGAAUUAUAUGCCGUCUAACCAGACCACCACUGAAGGUAACGAUGAUCAGGGUUAUUGGGGUGUUACUGUCAUGGCAGCUGCUGAAAAGAACUUUUCCGAUCCUGGUCCUGGUAAUCCAAGUUGGCUGUACUUGGCUCAGGGUGUAUUUAACACUAUGGCGUCUCGUUGGGACACUCAGACCUGUAAUGGAGGUCUCCGUUGGCAGAUUUUCACCUGGAACGGUGGUUAUGAUUACAAGAACUCGGUAGCCAAUGGAUGUCUGUUCCAUAUUGGUGCUCGUUUGGCCAGAUAUACUGGUAAUAAUUCUUAUGUUGACUGGGCCGAGCGGGUUUGGAACUGGGCAGAAGGUGUAAACUUUCUCAACCAGACCUUUGUCAACCAAACCUUUGUAUAUGACGGAGCUUAUGUGGAAGCCAACUGUACCAAUGUCAGAAACCUCGAAUGGACCUAUAACUACGGUCUGUUUAUUUCUGGCUGUGCUUAUUUAUACAACUACACCAACCAAACCGUCUGGCUCGACCGUUUGGAAAUGCUCUGGAGCAGAGGUAAGGUCUUUUUCAAUGAGGAUGGAAUCAUGUAUGAAGCUGCCUGUCAACCUUCUAACCAGUGUAAUACCGAUCAACGUUGUUUCAAGGGUAUUUAUUCUCGAUUCCUUGGUCUGACCAUGUUGUUGGUUCCCUCGUUACAAGACGAGAUCAUGCCACUUAUCCAAUCAUCGGCCAAAGCUGCUGCUGCAUCUUGUUCGGGAGGUACCGACGGUCACACCUGUGGUCUCAACUGGUUUAAAAAUGGCUGGGACGGUGUCUGGGGUCUUGGAGAGCAGAUCUGUGCUCUUGACACUUUCAACACCCUGCUCAUUAACACCAGACCUGGCCCUCUGACCGAAAAGUCCGGCGGUCCCUCUGGCGGUUUUGGUGCCGCUGGUCUCAACUCGUCCGACAACGUCCUCACUGUCGACGAGCUCACCAUCGGCACCAAAGACAAGGCCGGUGCCGGUGUCAUCACCGCCAUCGUCAUCAUCGGCCUGCUGGCCACCUCCUGGUGGAUGCUCAUCUAA